AUGGGCCUAAAACGGUAAAACCUGAGGCGAGAAAUCCCCAGUCCCCACUUAUCAGGAUUUUUCCGAUCUAGUCCAAGGGUUUUCGCUUUCAUUUGGAGGCAUUGUGAUCAGAUUUUUCGGCCAAUUGGAUGGCGCCACCUCCAGGUCCUUACUCCGGCACCAGCACUCUCGCUCUGGUGGCUCGGGCGUCGGCAUUUAGUUUUGGUCUUGUUUAUGGUAGUGUGAAGCUGAAGAUUCUCAAGAUGAAGGCAAAGUCGCAUAAGAAGUCUGAAGCUAAGGCACAUCACUGAGGAGCUGAUAUGCAGGUCUUGGGUUGAAAUAAAAAGUCUUGCGUCUUUGGAAUGGUUCCCAUCAUUUUAAGCAUUUAGCAAAGGUGGUGCUUGUUUUAGGUAUUGUGAACAUUCUGAAUUUUCUUUUCAUUUUCAGAAUCACUAAGAAUGGUAGAUUUGAGAAUUUAAUUUGUCGAAGAGCAAUCAUUUUGUGGAUUAUUGGGUACUCAUAUACCAAUAUCAGGCCUCUUACCAUA